UACUUUAGAGACAAUAACGUUUUUAUCCUUUAUAUUAUACUAUUACUUUUUCUGAAAAUCAAACUGUUUUACAAAUGAUUGAAGAAGUACAAAAAGAAAUAAUACAAGAAAAGAUAUCAGAUCAAUCAUCUCUUGUAGAGCCAACAGAAGAAGAGUUAUUGACUCUCCAUCGAGUUUCUGGUAAAAUUCCACUUUCAGCAUAUCUUGUUGUAGCUAUCGAAUUAUGUGAGCGUUUCAGUUUUUAUGGCUUAACUACACCUUUUCAAAAUUACAUACAAUAUAAGCCAACAGACGUAAUCCCCGGUGCCCUUGGCCUUAAACAAAGCGGGGCAACUGCAUUAAAUAGUUUUUUUUCUCUUUGGUGUUAUCUUACGCCAAUAUUGGGUGCUAUUAUCGCAGAUCAAUAUUUAGGUAGAUAUUCGACAAUAUUUUGGUUUUCUUGGGUCUUUCUUGCUGGACAGAUAAUUCUAAUUUUCACAUCAACACCAGCUGCCAUUAAUAGUGGUGCAUCUUUAUGGGGCCUCAUACUUUCUAUGAUUAUUAUUGGAUUGGGAACAGGCGGUAUCAAAGUAAAUGUAUCACCUUUAGUUGUAGAACAAUAUAAAUCUCGAAAUCUAUAUGUGAAAACAUUAAAGAAUAAUAAACGUGUAAUAGUUGAUUAUAACGUGACCCUUCAACAUAUUUUCUUAGUAUUUUAUAUGGCUAUUAACAUUGGAUCUUUUGGUGGUAUUCUAACUAUAUUUUUAGAAAAACAUGUUGGAUUUUGGCUGGCUUUUCUUGUUCCUGCAUGUGUAUUUUCUAUUGGAAUGCUUGUUUUAAUAAUCGGAAGACGUCUUUAUAUUUGUCAAAAUCCUCAAAGUUCUGUAGUAUUAAAUGCAUUUAAAGCUAUAUAUAUUGCAAUAAGAAGUGGAUUUAAAUUGGAUAAUGCGAAACCGAGUAAAACCAAUGGAAAACAUAAAUUAUAUUGGGAUGAUACAUUUAUUGAUGAACUUCGAGUAACAUUGGUUGCUUGUCGUAUAUUUCUAUUUUUUCCAGUUUAUUGGCUCCUUUACCAGCAAAUAGUUUCAAAUUUACUUUCUCAAGCGGGGACUAUGGAACUAAAUGGUCUCCCUUCUGAGCUCGCUCAACAGAUUAAUCCUUUGGUAUUGGUUACUAUGAUUCCUCUUUUCAAUAAUUUUAUUUAUCCUAAGCUUCGGAAAUAUGGAAUUUUAUUUCGUCCUAUUACAAGGAUUUCUUUUGGUUUUUUUGUUGGAUCAUUAGCAAUGGCAUAUUCCGCUAUAGUUCAACAAAUGAUUUAUAACAGUCCUCCUUGUUAUAAAUAUCCUGGUGACGUAACUCGUUGUAGUGCUAUUAAACGGCGAGGAGAGCCAAAUAAAAUACACGUGGCCUAUCAAUUGCCAGCAUUUGCUCUUGUAGGGAUUUCUGAAAUAUUUUCAUCAAUUACCGGUUUAGAGUAUGCUUAUACUAAAGCUCCAUCUACCAUGAAAUCAUUUGUUAUGUCUUUAUUUUUCUUAACAGUUGCAGCUGGCUCAAUUAUUCAAAUGGCGCUUACCCCAGCUUUUAAGGAUCCUUUAAUGGUUUGGUUCUAUAGUUCUGUUUCUAUUGGAUCGUUUAUAACUGGAACUGUGUUCUGGUUUUUAUUUAAAAAAUACAAUAGUUUAGAGGAUGAAAUGAAUUCUUUCCAAAGAAGUAUUAGAGAUAUCAAAAAUAAAGAUUUUAAAGAUGCAGAAAACAAACCAGUUGAGGUAGCUUGAUAAUUUAAGAUAAUAUUUGAUAGGAGCUUAAAAAUAUUUUUGAAUUAAUUUUAUGU